GAGAGAGAUGAGAAGCUGUGUUCUCUCAGUAAAGAUGUGGCUCUGUGUGUUUCUGCUCUACUCUGUGCUGCAGGAAUCUUCAGUUUAAAUACCCACCUGGUCUAAGUACCAUAACAGUCACCCCUCUACAAAGGCAUGACGAAGGACUGCUGUUUGCCAUGGCCUUAAAUAGAGGAGUCCACAGGUGUGCCAGUUUGGCCUAAUCAGCCCGAGAGCUUCUGAGAAUUGCCGUUGCCUGAACUUGUGACACCUCACCACUGACGCCCUCUGCUGGCAACCGACAGCACAGGCUGGGCCCUUAAAAUAGGAACCAGACGUCCACCUCUAAAAGAUCACUCACAGAAAGGCCCUGCACAGCGCUAAGCAGUGAAAACAUCGUUUUCAGUUCAACAUCAACCGCAGCAUUACAGCAAAUUCCUCAAUAGAGAAGAGCAAUAUGACACAUCAGUAUGAUUCCUCCCUUGUGAUUAUCACCACUUUGUGUAUCUGUUUGGUUUUGCUGCUGAUUGCACUGAUUAGAGAAUCAGCACUGAACUGCAAGCUGAGACAGAAAAUCAAACAAGUGUCUGCCUCUACAAACCCCGAGAAAAGAAUACAGAACACAGCUGAUGAUGAUGAUGAUGAUGAUUAUGAAGAUGAUAUUCCUGGAAACCAGAACAACAUCAGACUGGGUCCAAUCUACCAGAGCCUGGACCCCAACACCAACCAAUCUGAUUCAGUCUACCAGGGCCUAAACCCCAACACCAACCAAUCAGAUUCAGUCUACCAGAGCCUAAACCCCAACACCAACCAAUCAGAUUCAGUCUACCAGAGCAUAAACCCCAACACCAACCAAUCAGAUUCAGUCUACCAGAGCCUAAACCCCAACACCAACCAAUCAGAUUCAGUCUACCAAAGCCUAAACCCCAAAAUCAAACCAGUCUGACAGAAUCUAAACCUAAAUAAAAAUCAACUACAGUUAAUCAACAAUUAAAUCUGAGACUUUAACAUCGAAUAAUCAAAACCACUGUCAAAGUGUAGACCCGACCAGUGGUGUCCAAUCUUAUCCAUAUAAGGUCAGUGUGACUGUAGGUUUCCAUUCCAAAAAGCAAGAGCACAUCUGAUUUCUCUUGUUGAAUCAGUUGGUCUCCGUCCUCAAACAUUUGAUCAUAUGUGCUCCUGAAUUAUUGAAUAAGAUUGGACAGCCCUCAUUAAACACAAACCAGAUUCGUGUGAACAGACCUGAAACCCCAGCAUAUAGCUAAACCCAAAUUCAGCUGUCUACACCCUUCAUUCCCAAACAAAGUUAUAUUUUGUGUUGAUCAUGAUGAAAACAUUACACAUCUUCCAACACGGGCUUUCUAUUCAAAUGUAUGUGAGGAAAUCAGAAAAAACAGUUUAACAUGACGGCAGCUCUGUAAGAUUUAUUUAUGUAUUAACUGAGUAAGUUAUAUGUUAUUGCUUUCAAGAAUGUCUGGUGAACUUAUUUACAUGUUUUUUUGCUAUUAAUAUAUUUCUAGCUAGAACGUAAAUUACAUUUGUGUUCAUACAAGAUGUUAUGAUGUGCUACCAUUUACUCUCUGAAUGUUUUUAAAUU